CUGUGUCCCCGCCAUGCUGCGGGCGAUCAGCCGCUGCCGGCUGGGCUCCGUCCCGGUCCCGGUCCUGCCGCUGGGACCCGGACCGGGACCGGGACUGGGACACGGUCCCUGCCCCGGGCUGUGCCCCGGGUGGUCCCCGCGGGUGGUGCCGGCGCGGGGCCGCAAGAGCCGCCACGACCCCCCGGCCAAGUCCAAGGCGGGGCGGCUGAAGCUGCCGCCGCCCGUGGACCCCGAGGAGCUGCUGGUGGUGCUGGAGCGGUACCGGCAGCACCGGCUGGUGCUCGGAGCUCUCCGGUCCGAGUUCAGGGCCGAGGUGCUGCAGAAGAAGCGGGAGGAGCGUCUGGGCGGGGAGAACUCCGCGGAGCUGCUGGAGGAGCACCGACGCCUGAUGGCCUGGAAUGACGAGGAGAACGCCCGGCAGCGGGCACGCAGAGAAGAGAGACUCAGGAAAGAAGCAGAGGAAGAGAAGAGGAGGAAGUUGGAGGUCGCGGAGAAGCAGGCCAGGAAAAUGGAGGCUUUCAUGAAGGAGAAGGAGAAGGAGGUUCUCCAGCUGCAGGAGGAAGCCAAAAGCUUCAUCACCCCGGAGAACCUGGACGCGCGGAUCGAGGAGUGCCUGGACAACCCGCGCAACUACAACUUCGCCAUCGACAAGGACGGGCGGGUCGUCAAGCGCACGGUGCUGUCGUAGCAGCCCCAGGAUGGGGCUCCUGGCCUGCUUUUGUGCCCAGAGCCUCCUCCCCAGAAGACCUGGAGUUCUUCUUUUUAAUGUAUAAAUUGGCCACG